CCCAGACUGGCCGCUUUUAACUCCGGCGAAGCGUAGCUUCAUGUUUUCAUCUUUGUUGCUUUUGUCGUUGAAGAUUUCUCUCAUCUGUUUUCCACAGGAUGACUCUCUGUAAGUCUGAGGAGAUUUAGGAGGUUUCUGCCUCCUUCAUUUGUGUGAUCCUGUGGAUGAAACACUGACUCACAGACAAAUUCUGAUCGUGGUGUGAUCUGUUGCAUCCUGUUUGGUCGGCCCAGGUCUGGAAUGCCACAGGGACAUUUUGGGGAACGGGCCAACCGUAGUACCACAAAGAAUGCCAAGGACAAGAGUAACAGCGCCACCUUGCGGGCAUCCCAGGGUGGCACUCACAGUGAUCAUUCUGGGAUGAGUGACAUCAGCAACCACAUGGUGCACUAUGAGUCGGAGAAGGACUGUGAAAAGGAUUCCGGAUAUUCAGAGGCCAGCUCAGAUGACCAGCACAGCUUUCAAAGUGAAAGCAGCAAAAGCUCCAACAGCACCAGUGUGAAUGCUGCAGGACACAACAUGGCUCCUUACGAGAAGCUCACGCCUUUAUAUGUUAUUAAAAAUCUGGUGGUCAAGCCGUCAAGUCCGGAGCAGCUUCUGUGUGGUUCCUUGGCAUGGUCUGGAGGUUGGCACAGCCUUACUGGAGCCAAGACACCAACCCAACUCUUAUGGAUCCAACAAUCUGCAAUACCUGCUCUUUCCUCCUGUGCCCAAACCUCUUCCACCACUGUGGCUACACGGCAAGGUGAAAAGAAAAAAGGAGGUGGUCGCAUCAACCAGACCCACGGUGUCAAGAACUCAUACUUACCCAUCCUCAAUUCCUUCCCUCGAAUUGCCCCUCAUCCAAAGAAAGAGAGUCAAGAAGCUCAGGGUGUAUCAUGGGUAGAAGGGAUUAAGGAAAAUGGUAGUGAAGGCCAGAGCCAGAGUAAGAGAAUGUGCACUGAAGAAGAGAAGAUGGAGGCCGUGUCUUCCACCACCUACCUCCCAAUGCACCAGCAGCAUCAAAAAGAUGCUAGAGUCCAUUCCCAGUACAAAAGCAAAGGCAGCCACUGCAAAUCCAACCAUACCUCCAGUAUCCAACCUAAAACACACUGCUGCCAUCAAAGGUUGAGCUCUGACAGCAUGACCUCACUCUCUCUUUCCAGCUCCCAGACGCCCUCAUCUCCUUCAUCUGACUCCCCUUCCUCAUCUUCUCCAUCUUCUAGUUCUCCCUCCUCCUCUGUGGUGCACAGUCUUUAUUGCCAGACCCCUGAAAGGUCAUCUGAACGCCAGCGCCGUUUCCUCAAAACAGCUGAGAUCCUGAACCAGUCAGGCCUGUUGGCCAUCACGCUGCGCACCAAGGAGCUUCUGAAGCAGAACGCGGCCGCUGAGAGAGAAAUUGCUCAGCUCCGUCAGCACACCCAUCUGCUGUGCCAGGUAGCCCAGACUACCCAGCAGGGCCACAAAGAAGGCUCUGACAGCCUUGAUGAAGUACUUGAGGCAAUGGCUGAAUCAGGCUCGUACCCCAACCUCAACUUGAAUCAGCUGACAGCAUUCAGCAGCAGGGAUCAGCAGAGGAAGAACAGAAAUGAGGAUACCAUUGAAAAGGGCAAUGACAUAGGAGUUGGUAAAACACACACUAUCCCAUCGAAAAACCUGGUGUCUCUACAUAACAUAAAUGAUGGAAUAUCACCACCUUCACCACUGUUUGCGCCUUCACCAGAAACAGAAGAAAGACAGGAUGUUGAUGACCCUUUAGACCCUAAUCCCACCUUUGUCUGUAUUUCUUUUCCCAGUUUGGUCCCUGAACAGGGGCUAAAACAAACAGUCAAGGAUAAGGGCCGAAGUGAUCUUAGUACAUUGCUAGAGAACUCAACAUACAACAGCUAUUUUCUCUAGCUUUUUCAAAACAAGGACAUGAAUGUAUAUUGAAUGGUAGGAUCAUAUAUAAAUCUGGAUAGCAUAACAUAUUCUAGAAUUGUACGUGAAUGUCAAUGGAAAUCUGUGACUGGUCUAUUAGCUAAUCUAACUUUUGAUGAAGUGAAAUAUGAUUGAUAUAUUUUUUUUUUUCUGCAGGGAUUUAAUUAUUACAACCAUCCAUAGUUUAUCUGUAGUUUUACCUUCUGUGCACAGGUCUCUCCUUUUGAUGACUGCGUAUGCAGUCAGUGAUGUCCAGUAUACCCAAGAGGCAGUUUGAUGAAUCAUGCACCAAAUGAUGUACUGUAAGUGACAGAAGCAGUGAGACAAGUGAAGCAUGUUUAUUAAGAGUUAGGAAUCACAUACAGUUGCCGUCACCACUCCAGCUGAAUUAUUUUGGUUCCCCAUAUUUAUAAGAUAACAAUGCUCUAUUAUCAUCUCAUUGAAUUUGUGAUGACUGGAUUGUGAAUAGGAUUACUAAUAGAUUAUUGGGCAACUUUCCACAUUUUUAUAAGUACUUUGUUCUUCUAAUUAUUAUUGUUUGUAUAGUACUCUCUGGUGCAGACUAUACAUUUCAAAGUGCUUUGACAUCAACAUAUUCAUAAAUAACACACUAAAAUCAGAGUCAAGUCAACUCCCCGUGACCCUUAACUGGAAGAAACUGUUUUAGGAAGUUGAUGGAGGGAAGAUGCGUCAUAUGUUUGGCUGUGAUAGACUCAAUUUUAAAACUGAUCCUUUAAAAAAAAAAAAAAAAAGCCAGGAAAUCUAAAGCA